AUGGCAGCUACGUUACUUCUUAGAACUACUGACAGUAAACACCUGAUUCCAAACAACAAGCCUAAAAACUUUACAGUUGCAAUGCCGAAAUGGUUAGCGUUUAAGGGACACUGGACACUAGAACAAAGCGAAUUAUAUACCACGAGCAUUGCCGGGACAACUGAAAAGGAGCUCUUUAUCUACUUCGAUGCAUUUUUUGUGUGUAGUGCUGAUCAGAUGACAACUGUAGCACAAGAGACAACAAAAGCAACCUCUGAACCCACUAAACUAACAACAGAACCAUCAGCAUCUAAUGUAACAACAGUGGGUCCAUCCAAUGUAACAACAGAGAAAACAACAGUCGGACUAUCUAACGCCACAACUAGGGACAUCAUCAUUGCACCAAUAACAGUGGCCUCCAAUACUUCACCUCCAUUCCCUCCAGUUUCUAGAUACGCAGUCGUAAAGAGAGUCUUCAUUUUCAACAAAAUAAUCUGUGUCGUCAUGGAAGGAAGCUUCCAGCUUAAAGUGACUUAUAGAACAAAGGAUAACAAAAUGGCCAGUAAGAUUGUGAAUGUUCCAGCUAGAAGUGAUGUCACAGUCAAUGGAACAUGUGCCAGUGGCAUUGACACUGAAUCCAGUCUCAUGAUCAAACCAAUAGAUAGAGAAAUUCAGUCCUUGACAUUUAUUUUUAAAAUCAUGGAUGGCAAAUCUUACCUUUAUUCGUGGUCUGCUGAGGUGGAUCUUACAAAGUUCCCUGAUGCCAUUGAGUCUGAGUUAAUCCACAGUGUAAAUGGUACACCAGUGGAGCUGUCGAGUCCUGAAUCACAUUACAAGUGUAUAAAAGGAGGGACCUUCUCAGAUGAUAUCCUGACCCUUAUGUUCAGGGAGUUAAAAGUACAGGCCUUUAAUGUGGAGGACGGGAAUUUUUCAGACUGUGGAUAUGACUGUCCUGAAGAUACUGGACCCAUUCCAGACCCUGGGAACCCUCCUGUACAUAGUUUUUCAGUGACAGAUGGAAACAUCACUUGCAUUGUUUUCAGAGCUGGAAUUAAGUUUAACAUUUCUUACACGUCACAAAAUGGGGAUACAACAGAAGUUAUUUCUCUACCAGUUAAUUACAAUGGAACUGGUGAUUGCAACACAACAUUGAAUGGAUUUUACUCACAGAAAAUGGUUGUUUCAUUUUACAAUUCCUGGGAGUUAACAAUUUACUUUUCCUCUGAUGUACAACAAAGUGAAUAUUUAAUAACUACGGAGAGAGUUACAAAGUACCACAUCUCACAGAUUGAGCUCGUUUACGAUUUUAACAACAACCUUUUUACCAAUGUAACAGACAGCAGUGAGUAA